GGUGCGCUGUCAAAAUAAAGGAGCGCGCCCGACGACUGCGGCUUCGCGGACACAUUGCGCGUGCGCCGCGGCCGUUUUUUCGCGCAUUGUGGGAUAGCUGGCUUGACCCGCAUAAUUAGUCCUCGCGAAAUCGGCCGUUUCGUGGGGGCCGGGAAACGAAGUAAUUCGGCGGCGGUCUUUGCCGAUUUCGGGUGAGGCCGCGGGGACGUCCGAGCCGCGCAGCGGACGACGAGCCGGGCGUCGGUAUGCGCGGAUCGCGGCGCUACGAGGGCCACUGAGCCCUGCGGGAGAAGAACCCACCGCCGGCGCGCAGAGAGGCCAACCGAAGAGCUCCGGAGAGAGAGCGAGUACUCCCCGCAGACAUGCCAAGCUUUACGGGCACCGUCAAGCUGAAGAUAUGCGAAGCCGUGGAACUCAAGCCGACAGACUUGACCACGCGGCACGCGAAUGUGGUCGGCUCGAAGCCUCAACUGAUGCUGAUAGACCCGUACGUGUCCAUCAAUGUCGAUGAUAUCCUCAUCAGCCGAUCCAGCACCAAGCAGCGGACCUUCAAGCCCGUCUGGAACGAGUACUUCACGGCCGAGGUGCACGGCGCCCAGAACCUGGGCUUCACCGUGUUCCACGCGGCGCUGCCUUCGGACGACUUCGUCGCCAACUGCAGCGUCUCCUUCGACGAGCUGGUCAACUCGGCCAAGGAGCAAGGCAGCAACGAGAACGACAUUUGGAUUGACCUCGAACCCGGAGGCAAGAUCCAUGUGGUCAUCGAACUCAUCUCAGCGGAAAAUGUGGUGGCGGAGAAGCCGCGCGAGUUCAAGCAGCGGCAGGGCCUCAACCGGCGCCGUGGGGCCAUGCGGCGUCGGGUGCACCAGGUCAACGGCCACAAGUUCAUGGCCACCAUCUUGAGGCAGCCCACCUUCUGCUCUCACUGCCGCGAGUUCAUCUGGGGCCUAGGCAAGCAAGGGUACCAAUGUCAAGUUUGCACGUGUGUAGUUCACAAGCGGUGCCACGAGUUCGUGGUUACCAAAUGCCCCGGCAUGAAAGACAGCACCAACGAUGAGCUGGCAGCGGGCAGCCGGUUCAACAUCAACAUCCCACAUCGGUUUGUCGUCCACAACUACAAGCGGCCAACCUUCUGCGACCACUGUGGUUCCAUGCUGUAUGGCCUGUUUAGACAGGGCCUUCAGUGUGAAGCAUGCAACAUGAAUGUACACAAGCGCUGCCAGAAGAAUGUCGCCAACAACUGCGGCAUCAACCCGAAGCAAAUGGCCGAGAUCCUCAGCGCCAUGGGUAUCUCCGGCGACAAGCUUACCAAACGCAAGAAGAAGCAAGGAAUAUCCCUCACCCAAGAGAUAUAUAACCAGACCUCCAUCAGUGAAUCUCCCAACAAGUUGACGCAGUCCGUGUCCGAAAGAUCACACACGUCCCCCCUGCCGGCCACUGCGGAUGAGGAGAAGGGUGUGCCGGGCAUGAGCUUUGGGGCCUACGACAUGCUGUCGCUGACCGACUCGUACGGGCAGCUGUCACUUCAGGUGCCAGACACGGGCGGCGAGCCUGUCGAGAAAUUCUCUCCCACACCGAGCAGCCGCGACAGCCGGCGGCCGCGCAAGUUUGGGUUGGAGGACUUCCUCUUCAUCAAGGUGCUCGGCAAGGGCAGCUUCGGAAAGGUCAUGCUAGCCGAACGCAAGGGCACGGAAGAAGUGUACGCUGUGAAAGUGCUCAAGAAAGAUGUCAUCCUGCAAGACGACGACGUUGACUGCACCAUGACGGAGAAGCGCAUUCUGACGCUGUCCGCCAAGCAUCCGUUCCUCACAGCCCUCCACUGCUGCUUUCAGACUGAGGAUCGGCUGUUCUUCGUCAUGGAGUAUGUCAACGGUGGAGACCUGAUGUUCCAGAUUCAGAAGGCGAGGAAGUUUGACGAGCCGCGAGCACGAUUCUAUGCAGCCGAGGUGACGCUAGCCCUCAUGUUUCUACAUCAGUAUGGAGUCAUAUAUAGGGAUUUAAAACUAGACAACAUUCUCUUAGACACGGACGGUCACUGCAAGAUCGCAGACUUUGGCAUGUGCAAGGAAGGCAUCAAGGAUGGCGUCACGACGACCACCUUUUGUGGUACACCGGACUACAUCGCUCCAGAGAUCCUGCAAGAGUUGGAGUACGGCCCAUCGGUGGACUGGUGGGCGCUAGGUGUGCUCAUGUACGAAAUGAUGGCGGGCCAGCCGCCCUUCGAGGCGGACAACGAGGACGACCUCUUUGAGUCGAUCCUGCACGACGACGUCCUCUACCCGGUCUGGCUAAGCAAGGAGGCCGUUUCCAUACUCAAAGGGUUCAUGACCAAGAAUCCUGCCAAGCGGUUGGGCUGCGUAGAGUCACAAGGGGGUGAGCAGGCCAUUCUGAGCCACGCCUUCUUCAAGGACAUUGACUGGGAAGCCCUGGAGGCCCGCAAAGUCAAGCCGCCCUUCAAGCCCAAGAUUAAAACCAAGCGGGACGUGAACAACUUCGACCAAGACUUCACCAAGGAAGAGCCGGUGCUGACACCGGUCAACCCGGAAGUGUUGCGCAACAUUAACCAAGAGGAGUUCAAGGGCUUCUCCUUCGUCAACGAGGACUUCAAUCCGGCCAGGUUUGCGGGCGAGGGCGGGCCCGCGACAUAGUGCCUCCUCCGCACGUGACGGGCCGCCCUUUCUAGUCACGCCCCGCGCGCGCGCACACACCAUCCACCAUCACUCCGUUCCUUUCCCGCCUUCCCUCUGGCGGCUGCAGUGCCUGGCUGGCCCAUUCGACCUUUCUCCUCUCGACCCCACACUUUCUCCCGGUUUCUGUCCUCCGUUACUUCUUUCUUUUUUUCCCCCGACUGGUGGUUCUUUUCCAACCCCGUGUUUCCCUGUAUGCCGCGCACCAGGCCACGCCCUUGGUGGCACCCUCUUCUCCUCCCAUAGAGGCACUGUCGCUGCCGUCAUGCACGGACUUCAGUUAAAGCGGUUUCUUUUCUCGCACGCAGCGACGACGACAUUUUGGCGGGCCGUGUAGCUCUGACGGUAGUAGCCUUCGGGCGGGGUUGUGACAGGCAAUUCGCAGACCCCGACCCUGUUGGCAUUUCCACGUAGACGAAUUAGUAGCCGAGACACCUGUCGACGCACUGCCGAAAUCUCGCCGUGUCUCGUCGUAGUGCCGUUUUAUCGCUCUUCCGUUUAAAGCCACGGCGGCACUCUUCGAACUACCCCUCCCCGCUGCCCUUUGAACUCCAGAAUGUUACGUGAGCCGGGUUUGCCGGGCAAGACGUCUGCACCGUGGUCGGAAGCAGCAGGCGGAAAAGGUGGCGCUCGGGCACCCGUUUCUAGUCUAGUCCAGAGCCGAUCUUGUUUAGUGCCAUGUGCCCUGGGCUGCUACGACUGGCCGAGCCGUAAAGGCUGGCCUCUUUUCACAGUUAUUUUGUUUUUCAUCUCCUUGGUUUCUCUGCAAGUAUUCUUCAUUGCUUUGCUCGUCGUCUGAAAUCAAGCAUGUGUGCAUCUUCUCCAUCCUCCGCAACAUCUCUGUGUUUCGAGGGGAGCCUCGAAUAGUUUGUCAUCAACUCGGUGUCAUCUCCGGCCAGUGUGUUUCCAGUAAAAACGUUUCUUGUAGGCGGCCAUGUUCCUGAAAGGACAUAGUGUAGUGUUGGUUAAUUAGGCAUCUUAUUACAUGCAUUUCUAGGUUUUAUUUUUGCUUUUGCUUUUCUCCUUGACACCACAGUGUCGAUGUCUUGUUCCCACCGUUCUACUGUCAGGUCACUCCAUCAAACCUUAUUGCUAGCCGCGACUUGUUUUUGCUCUGUGUUCAUGAUGCAUAGUAUUUAUUUAUUUAUUCUCUACAACUUCCAUGGACUUUGGAAAGGAGGGGCAAUCUCGCUAGAUGUGCACGUUUUAUGUCUGCAAGCAGCGGUGAGAAGGUCUUGUUUGUUUUGUUCAUUUGUUUUGUUUUGUUUCAUCCAUCCAUAAUUCAGCACAUCGUGUUGGUACUGCUACCAGGCUAAUCUUGCACAUCAGUCAAGGCCCACGUCUGCUGUUCCCUGGAGCCAUGAAAUUGACAGUAUCAACUCGUUUCCCGUCUGAUCCAGGCUCUCUUAGCAAGCACUCGUGCCGGUCAAUGUAGAAUUGGCUGUGAGGGAACACAGAGAAAUGGCCAGAUUUGUCAGUUCUUGAUACAAUUUAAAAUUGCACUGAGUGGCUGAGCCAAGCUUGUUUUAUUUAUAUUUCUUUAGAUGGAAGCUGCGCCUUUGCUAUUUGGCCACAGUUUGGUUGUGCAGAAGAGUACACUUUGAGUGCAGGUCUUCUGCUUGUCGAUUAAGUGGUAUACGCUACACUUAGGAAGUUGUGCUUGCUAGAUUUUAGCAAGUGGAUCUAAGUCUUUGCAACAGUAGCAAGUGGGGUAAUCACCUGCCAGUGAAUACCUGUGUUUCAGGUAUAAAUGGCUGCAAGUUCCUUGGGAAUGUGUUUAGGAUGGCUUAAGGGCAAGAGAGUCUGCCACCCGUGAGACAUGCUAGGUAUGUAAAGAGCAUUGUUGAUUCCCGGUCCUUCGAACACACAGUUGGUGAGAUGAUGCUAUUCUGUGGAUGGCAAUAGGCCACCCACCACAACAAAGUAAAUGGAAUUUGCCCUCUUCCCACUGAAAAUAUUCCAUCCUCUAGCUUGUCUAGAAAUCUUCUCUGUGUCAGGAAAUAUUGGCUUUCUAUUGCGCACGCUUAAUCAGUGAUAGGCUUGUCAGGCAACCUUACUAGUCAACUUAAAUUAGGUUAGCGGCUCCUAAAAUAAUUCGUACGUACAGCCUUUGUCAAAAGAAACAAAGCCACUGCACACAUGGUCAUAGCUGACUCUAAGAUGCCUUGUCAGCUGCCUAUGGGAGCGGGUUGAACUCUCAACCUUUUUGAUUUUCUAACGUCAGAAUGUCUGACAGGCACAACAUGACGUAGCUGGCACACAGCAACACUCGGUCUAGACUCCCUGUCACAUUUUUUGACGAAGGCUGUACCUAGCAUUUGUAUCGAAGUAGCACAUUGGCCCGGUUCGUCAGUGAGUGAGCGUGUACGACACACCAAAGAAAGAUAGAUGCUCGUGCCUUCAUAACAUUUGGCACACUGUAACUUCCAGCUGCACGUCUGGUCCCACUGGUCUGUCGGUCCCACUACGCGUGUUGCAUGAGAGGUUCCCAAGGACAGAGAUGUUCUUUGGCUUGAUCCUACCUAGGAGUAACUAGCACCACAUCAGCUUCGUCGCAUUUAGAUGAUGGUUCAAAGCAGGGAAUUUGUGUUUGCAGCAUUGUGCCACUGCUGUUUGGACAAAGCUUGCAUGGGUCGUCCGACAUGUGUGUCUCGUUCCAAUGAUAGCCUCAGCAUAGCUGUGAUUACGGAAUCAACACAUUGCCCGUGUGUCAAUUUUUUUUUUCUUUUUUUUCUUUCUUUCUUUCGUGACUCGAGGGCCCCUCGCGAUGUUGUGUUCCACGUUGUGUUCCACUCUGUUCGAGGUUUUUCGUUUAGUUUCUUUUUUUUUUUUUUCUUUCAUGUAGACCAUUGACUUCUGCAUCAGUAUUUAUUAUUUGUCGUCACCAGUUCAGCCAUACAUGCCCAGUGGCUUUACAUUUCAGCCUCUUUACACUGGCAGAUGCGCCCCCGCGGUGCAUCGAACAGCUCGUGCGUUUUGCACUGUCCAAAGAUUUCGUCUUGCCCUGCUGGCAACUUUGUGCUAUUUUGAAGAGCAUGGAGGUAUUGUGCUUUGCUUAAGUUAGUACUAAGUACCGUGCAGACUGCUUGCAUUGUGCGUUUCUGGUACUGAAUUGUUAUUGUUUUUUUUUUCCCCCACCCCCUUGGAUAUGUGGUAAACUGAGCCUCACUCCCUGCAUCGUAAAGCAGAUGGCCGAUCCAGAUUUGCUGUAACCGUGUGUGUGUGGCAAGUGUGAGCGUUCUGGUUGCUGUGAGCAGACCAAUGUUGUGCCUGCAGCGUAACGAAAGUACCGUUAGACUCGUUUAUGAAGUAACCAAAGCUUUGUUUAUGUUUGGCGCUUGGAAGGCAAACCUUGUAGCCACUUCAGUUCUUGUCGAAGAGGUUGAUGAUCAUUUCUUUGGGAAAGUGGCACAUUGUUUGUGAAGUAAUAUUGCAGAAUCAAUGUAAAUUUUUUUUCCUUAUGCCUUGUAUCAUAAAAAAAAGGGAAAGAAACUUGCUGAGCGCAUGCGUUCUUGAUGUACGUGUCACAAUACCUGCGUUAAACGGUUACCACUGCUGAGCAGCUAUUGCAUUGUGUGCAGCCACUUGCAGAAUUUAUUGGGAAGCGGGAGCCACAUUGACAGUUAGUUCUGUUGCAGUCUAGGUAUGUAGCCUAGAAUCUAGAUGUGCAUUCUGGAGCUUAUGUGCAUGAGCAUAAGGCGUGUGCCUUGGCUCUCGGCUGUAUGUUUGAUGCAUGCUAGAAACUUUACUUUGUCAUGCUUUCACUGUUCCGAAAACUUCUGCGAGCAUCCGUGCAUGCAAUUAUUGUCAAACCUCUCAUUAGUUCGCCGGCUAAGGAGGUUGUCGCAUACUGUCAAGCUAUUUCAACUGCAAUCUCGAUUUGAUUGUCUGUGUGUCAUUAUAACUGCACUUUGAGGAACACCUGUUUCUCUAUGUUCUCACGUCAUACAGUCGACUUUUGUCAGUUUGACAUCUGUUUACACGACCCACCUUUUUAAUUCAUUUGCCUUGUAAAAGCCAUGAAAGGUGGCAUUUUAAGCAUGUCCGUAAAUUUUAAUGUGGGUUGUUUGAACUACUCUCUUCGUGUGUCAGAUGAAGAGCGAAUUAACAUGAGCUAGCUGUGUCUGCACAACUGUAUUGUUUAGUUGCGUUGAUUUCACGUGUGGUACAUCUUACUGGCCUGAUAUUACAGCAUGAAUUGGCACCUUUUGUGUCCCAUUAUAACCAGUGGUUGUAACCAUUUACAGACGCGCAGUCAGUCGUGUAAAUGCGAGUUCGCUGAUUCAUUGGGAUAAGUUUUGAUGCAGUGCUGCUGUAGUGGGGGUUAAUUGCAUUGAAUUUACGUUAAAAUAAUGAUAGUUUGUUUCAGUCUUUCUUAACAGUAGUGCCCCUCCAACUCUCAGCAUUUAUGCCACAUCACUAUAGUAGCUGCUUGCUUUGAAUGCUAUGUUGCAGUAGUUGUCAUGUCCAUGUGUACACUGUUUCUCAUUUGUUUCUGUAUCGAGGAAAUUGUAAAUUAUGAUGGCUGAGCAUCUUUUCUUCCAAGUUUUCUUUUUUUCUUUUUCGGUGUAAAAGAAGACUGCCGUUUCACAUAGCGAAAUACUCACGUGCACACAUCAGCGAGUGCAUCAGACAGUGCCAAACUGUUUGGUGCACAUUGUGUGCACAUGUACAUAAUGUAAAUGUAAGUUGUUGUUGGUCGAUGAGGCAUUGCUGUCACUUUUCUUUAUGACUGCUUUUGUCUGCCUUAUUUCUUUUCAGUGGAUUCCUUUCUUUUUUUCUUUUCUAUCUUUCUUUCUUUUUUUACAUGUAUGCGAGUGGAGCAGAUAGAGAACAUACGUAAACUGAGCAAUGUGUUUUGCCAAGGUGUGGAUAUUGAGUAUAAAUAUGCUUGUUGUACAAGGCUUGCUACUUUGUCAACCCUGGAAAGCACAGGACUGUGCACUGCGGCUUUCGUGAAAUUGACUCGCUUACGGAUUGACCUUUCUUUAUAGUUAUAUGGUUACAAAACGCAGCUAAAAUCAAUUGCGGUUGUGGGGUCGAGCGUGCAGUCAAAGACGACAGCAUCCAAAUGUGGUGCAUGUUCAGCACCUGCAAAGCGUGCUUGCUUUUGUAAAAAUGGCCACUUUGUCUCCAUCCAAGCAACUGCGUUGCAGUGCAUGAAGUUUGCUUUAUAAAGUUUUGUUCUCACGAGAGUGAGGCGGCAGUGUGGAGAGAUGUUUUGCAGUGCUUGUCUUUAUAUCGCCAUGGUGAUAAGACGAGCAAAACGAGGACAAGGUGAGAGCAGGAGCCAACGUGUCGACAAGUGGACUUGUCUUUUUCAAAGCCUUGGAAAAGACAAGUCCACUUGUCGAAACGUUGGCUCCUGCUUUCACCUUGUUCUCAUUUUGUUCAUCAUCUUGAAUUUCCAUCUCCCGCCUUCCCCGUGUUUUCCAUGGUGAGAAGACUUACUGUUCGGUGAACACUGUGUGCAAAGGUGUUUUUAUGCUAUAAAUCACAGCUCUUGGUUCCACCUUGACACUCCAGUGAUAGUAACCUUCUCUUCAGUUGUAAUGCGAGAUGCUUGCCCAUUUUUUUCAUCCCGAGGUCAUACCAAAGCUCAAAUUAAGAUGCUUGCCCUAAUUUGCCAAGCAUAAUUACCUGACACCUGCUUCUGAGUCUGGUUGUAUCUGCACACUGAAGCCUGCUUUGUAUUUUUGUCAUUAAUUCUAGCUGCUGAUUUGGGAAGGUUUCCAUUCUAUAGAGAUGCUCCACAGCAUUCAUUGACACUUACCUGAGCUCUCAGGGUUCAGGGAGAUCGCUUCACUGCAACUUUGCUGUCUGAAAUAUUACGCUAUGCCUUGUGCAGCCUUCGUCAAAAGUAUAGGUGCCAUCGUGCAGUACAGUUACAGCAACCAGCACACUUGUUGUCACAACCUUAAAACAGCUACUUUGAAGUCGUUGAAUGUUUGUUAGCACUCGAAUCUUGCAUAGGGUAUGCAUUCUGCAGUCUAAUUAUUUGUAUAAUAUCGCAAUUGAUCAACCUUGUCUUCGACCAAGGUGCCCAAGAAAGUGAAUUCAGCCUGCCAUGUGGACAGCUGUUUCACUCGUGCUCCAUGUGACAGGAAGAUAAGCGACUGAGGUUGUUUGUACACCGGCGUUGAAGACAGCCCACUUGGCUGGCUGAAGUUGCCUUUUAGUGCAGGGGCCAUAGAUGACAACGGACUUUUGUUUCUGUUGGAUUGACCGAGGAACAGUGUUUCUAACUUUCUCUCAGAUAAAGUCUAAGAUGAUGCAACCUUAGAUACGCUUAUUUUCAGUCAAAAGUUGCUAUGUGAUGGCGAUUACUUGAUUAGAAUUGUCUUUUUUGUGUUUUAAUUGUGCCUAGAUGGCUUCGUUAUUUUUUUAAACUAUAACUUUAAAUUGCAUUAUGCGCUGGCGAGUCAACAGUCGGAAUUUCAAAAGGGAAGAUGACCACCAUCUUACUAAAACUGUGGCAGAUCUCAAGAUUGUGGCUUGCCUAGAAAAGCAGCUUUGAUGCUGACCCACAUGGCUGACCAAUAAGAUCGAUGGGUAUUUAGAAGUAGCUACAAAUGGAACCCUUGGAAUAAAAUGUGUGAGCGGCACUCAAUUUAGCCAAAAUCCCUUGAGGAGUUUUACCAGGGCAAUUUUAUGGCUAUUUAAGUCGCCAAACGUGCUACUAAAGAAGUCGCCAAGUCUCCAAAAAGGCAAAGUAAUUGUUUAAGUGAAUAAAAGCUUCCUAAAUUUAACGGCAUUCUUGGCAAGUUACCAACACUGCUGAGGAAGCGCUUCGCCAUUGCUAAGCGUUCGCUUGUGCAAGCAAGCUGUUCUGCAGAGUGCACCCCUGUCUUGGGAUUUGAGCACCAAUGAGCAAGUGGUAGACACAAAAAAGAUUUUAGUGCUGUCAGAAUAAUUACACACAUAGCUGAAGUGGAGCUCCUUUAGCAAUCCCAGUUCCUGAAAGCUCCACGGGUUGAGAGUAAGGAUGUGCGAACAUUCUAAAACUUCAAAUAACGAAUCGAAUUUGGUCCUAUUUGGUUUGGUCCUCCAACCGAAUAGUCACUAUUCGUAAAUAAGAAUAUUUUUCUAAUGGUCUUUGAAUACAGUGGUGCCUCAAUGAGCAAACAUUUCGUAGAGUGAACGAGGCUACCUCGCAGUUUUGAACUCGCAGAGCAAAUUGGCUUCCUCUGAGCAGAACGGAUGCAUGCACGUGUAGGCGUGCCUGUGCAUUUCCUGGGCUUCCCGUGUUCCUGGACCAUCGUUUUCCCUUGGCUAACCAUGUGAUGCUGUCAUCACACCUUCACAAAACUGCUCGAGGGAGAACCAGAUGACUUUAGAUCAGUUCUUCUGCACUGAUUCUUAAAAAGGUUACCAGGAUGAAGACAGGAGAAUGUUUUUCACAGCAGUGUUUUCCGCCUGAUCUUGCUGAAGGAGGCGUACUCAGACUUAUCAGAGAAGUGUUUCUAAAUGGGCAGAUUGGUGUGAACACCGGUGCAAAUAUAGUAGCUCUUUCUCCAUCGAUCUCGAACAUCCUCUGUCCUUGGUAAAUUGUAAUUUUUUUGUUUAAUAUGUUGUAAUCUUCGCAUUCUCGCAUCGAUAACUAUACUAAGGGAAUGCAUUAAUAGGCGUCCCACAGGAAACAGUGGCAAGACAUGUCCCACGGAACAAACCCACCCACGAAAGGAAUUAAGUUCAUUCUAUGAGGCACCACUGUAUUUCAAAUCGCUAACUGUGCGCGUCAAGCACAAAAUUAGGGCAAGAAUGCAAAAAAUUUCAUCCUCGCGGCUGUAGUGGAUGCAAAAUGCACGAAGUUUUAUAGUGUAACGGGCUACAUCGCUCAGGGAGCCAGACCUUUUCGGCAAAACAAUUAUCAUUCGCCCUCAGUAAUGAGUCCAAAGUCUGCGAAUAAACUGCUUAUUUGCUCCUAAUGCUCAAUUUGUAGUUUUAAAUAAGCAAUGCUUCAUAAUGUGCAGUGCAGUGGCAGAAACUUCCUAACAUUGUGGAUAUGAAGAUUGUUUUAUAGCAAUGGUGAAAAGCGCUGUUCAUUAGUUAAUCAAAAACUAUUGAAUUCGAUUUGGUUCUGCCACUGUUUAAUUCGGUCUCAAAAACUGUUAUUCGCUGACAUCUAGCUGAGAGCAAUAGCCGCACUCAACCCGUUAAGCUUUUAGCCACCGCGACUCGUAGCUCUUCAGUCAUACUAGUUGUGAGACUCUCCGUACGACCGAUGUUUUAGAACACAAGCACCCCGAUUGUACAAAAGUGUACAAUGGGGGCUUGAUACCACCUGUAAACAAAAAAAAAAAAAAACAGCUACAAAAUUGCACGACUUUCCAAGAAUUACAAGACAAAUAGAGUUGCCCUUAAGGAAAAAAAUAGCAGUAAGCAUAAUCAAACACCAGCAAGCUGGGCAACUUAAAUCGCAUUGUUUCUUUAGGUCUAAAGAACUAAACGGCACACAGUAUUGAGUGUUCCGUAUGUUGCACUAGUCCUAAACAUACAAACCUAAUAAACCGAGUUUGCAAUUGGUGGUCCUUUUUCCGAUGGAUUUGGCAUGUUGAGCACUUUUUUUUUUUUUUGAAAAGUAUAGCUAAGCACGCACCAAAGAAGAUUAAUUUGUUGCUCACUAGUGACACGUCAGUCAACUGUACGCCUGCAGUUUCGCCUUCUACUAUACCUGUAAUUCAAAGUCGAGUUUCGGAACAGACGUGACUGAAGAUCUCUGGCGUGAGUGUUGUAGGAGCACUGCCUCGUGUUUGGCGACAGCUCUAGUCAUGUGCGCCGUAGCACACUUGAGGUGCCGCUCUAUAUGUGUGGUAUCUCAGUGUGGCAGCCCACAUCGCCGUUUAUUGAGUCAGGGAUAGCAAUGGGACAGUGAUAACGCCGUUGAAAUGCAGAUACAAUACAAACUUGUUGCACGUGAGCUAGGCUGUACCCAUUGUUCUCGCAACAAUGUUCUUCACUAAUCAUUUUCUUCAUUUGUGAGUGAGUCGAACAGCGGUGAUGCAUCUCGAGUUUCAGUGACAUGGUCUUUUAGUGUAUAAUGAGUGAAGAUCCUUUUUUUGUGUGUGUGUUUUGCUUCUAGUGAAUGGCAGAAUGCUUUAUCUAAUGAACUCUUCUUUGUUGCACAGCGUGGGUGCGUUUUUAGAUUUCAGCACCUUGUAAAAAGUGUACAGGAUGGUUGCGACAAUUAGGUAUUUCUCUAGUUUGUGCUUGCUCAUACGCGGCUUUCUUUCGUCUCGCCAUGGUACUUACUUUAUUCCAUGUUGCCAUUUUCUUUAUGCAGGGUUGCUUGUAGUGUUCUUUUCUAUGCUACUCUUUAUUUUGUUUCUCGCAAAACGUCUGAGCAAGUGAUACUUUGUGGGCAGCAGUGUUGCAUGUCAGUCAG